ACCGCAGAGCGUCCUAAUCUGACGUUGAGGCUAACGAACCCUCAGGAUGUAAACAUGGUGACAGGUAGAUGAAAGAAACGCCAAAAUGGUCUUCGAAAGCGUGGUGGUAGAUGUCCUCAACCGAUUUUUAGGGGACUACGUUGUCAACCUUGACAGCUCACAGCUAAAGCUCGGCAUAUGGGGAGGUGAUGCUGUUCUUAGAAAUCUCGAGAUAAAGGAAAAUGCCUUGAGUCAACUCGACAUUCCUUUUAAAGUGAGAGCCGGUCAUAUAGGACAGCUGCAGCUAAAGAUACCAUGGAAGAACCUCUACACUCAGUCAGUAGAGGCAACUCUGGAUGGUGUCUAUCUGCUCAUAGUCCCAACAGCAAGUAUAAAGUAUGAUGCAGUAAAGGAGGAAAGGCAGCUUCAGGAGGCUCGUCAGAGGGAGCUACAGCGGAUAGAGGAGACAAAGCUGAAGGCUGCAGAGAAAGAGGAUCCCAAUCUGGAAAAGCAGGACACCUUUGUGGAGAAGCUUGUCACUCAGGUCAUUAAAAACCUGCAGGUCAAGAUCUCUAACAUCCACGUACGCUACGAAGAUGAUGUCACUAAUCCAAAUUGUCCCUUGUCAUUUGGAGUGUCACUUAAAAACCUCAGUCUUCAGACGUGUGAUGAGAACUGGAAUCCAAGACUUUUGGAUGAGAAUUCCCGGCUCUUCUUCAAGUUGGUUCAACUAGACAACUUAUUUGCCUACUGGAAUGUCAACUCUUUACUCUUCUCCAAUCACAGUCCAGAUGAGGCCUUGCAAUGUCUCCAGAGCAGCGUGGAUAUCCACAACUCCCUUUCUGUCAGCCACGACUUCAUUUUUCGUCCUAUCUCAGCCGGCGCUAAACUGCGGAUGAAUCCCAAGUCGGAUGUGGACUUCUCUUCACCCAAAGUGGACCUUAUGGUCAAUCUCAGUGAGGUGGCCUUUGAGCUCAACAGACCCCAGUACAUUAGCAUCCUGGAGCUGCUGGGCUCAGUGGAUAUGAUGUCUCGGAAUCUGCCGUACAGGAAGUACAGACCGAUGGUCCACGUUAACAAGAAUGCCCACAUUUGGUGGAGGUACGUGAUCACAGGCAUCCUGGAAGUGGAUGUGAAGCCUCGUCUCCACAUGUGGUCAUGGCAGCGCAUUCGCAGUCACCGGCAGACGGUGAAAUAUUACCGAGAGCUCUACAAGACCAAAAUCACCAACAAGAAACCCAGCGAGGAGCUGCUCAAGGCACUAGAGGAGCCUGAGAAGACCUUGGAUAUUUUUAACAUCACAUUGGCCAGACAGCAGGCUGAGGUGGAGGCAAGCAAGGCAGGCCUACGCAUUUACCGUCCAGGGCUUAAGAUGGAGGAGGAGGAGUCACAGGGCUGGUUGGGCUGGAUGUGGAGUUGGGGAGGAGAGGCUGAUGCAGAAACAAAAGAGGUCAAGACUGGAGGCUUUGAUGACCUGUUAACCACCGCUGAGAAAGCCAAACUCUACACUGCCAUUGGAUACAGUGACACAGCUGCAAAUCCCAACCUGCCAAAGACUUUUGAGGACAUGAAGGUCAAUUUCCACAUGGAGAGGCUGACUGUGGCCAUCAAAGACAACAAAGACAAGAAUGAGCUCAUCAGGCUGACUGUGGGAGAGCUCAAGUCCACACUCACACAGAGACCGGGAGCACAAGCCAUCAAAGUCACAGCUGAGCUUAGUCUGUUUGAAGUCACCGGCCUGGCCAGUGAGCGGCCUGCACCAACCCUCCUGUCAUCAAGGAAGGCAGCCACGGGAGCCGGGACCCCGCUGCUCUGCAUCCUGUUUGAGACCAACCCGCUGGAUGAGAGCGCUAACCAACGGCUUCAUGUGGAAUCACAGCCCUUGGAAAUCAUCUAUGAUGCUAUAACGGUGAACAGCAUGUCGGCGUUCUUCCUGCCUCCUGAUGACCUGCAGCUGGAUGAGCUCACCAACGUAACCCUCAUGAAACUGGAGCAGUUCAGAGACCGCACAGCCACCGGUUUAAUGUAUGUGAUCGAAACGCAGAAGGUGCUCGAUCUGAAGGUGAACCUGAUGGCCUCCUAUGUCAUCAUUCCUCAGACUGGAUUUUUCGACGGCACUCAGAACAUCCUGCUGUUGGACCUUGGGCAUUUUAAGAUGUCCAGUCAAAGCAAGAAGCACCUGCCUCAGCUGUCAGCUUACUCCAGUAACAUUGAGGACAUCAUGUCCAGAGCAUACGACAGCUUUGACAUACAGCUUAGCAGCCUGCAGUUUCUUUAUAGCAAGCCAGAUGGCGACUGGAAAAUGGCCCGUAAGCAAAGACAGUCACCGCUCCACAUUCUAGAGCCAGUAGAUCUAAAAAUGGUUUUCAGCAGAGCGAUGGUCAUCAAAGACUCCCGCAUGGCAAAGUAUAAGAUGUCCGGACAGCUCCCCCUGCUCUCUCUUCGUAUUUCUGAUGUGAAAUUCCGAAAUGUUCAGCAGCUGGUAGAAAGUAUCCCGCUGCCUGAGAGCAGACCUGCUGCACACGGCGGUGCUUCAUCCUCCACUGCAAAGCCGAAGCAGUCCUUCACCCCACAGCUCACUCCCAGAAGACCUCUGAACUUAGCUGACCAGCGCUCCUCUCUCAUGUUUGAGUCAUGUGAGACCAUCAGCGUCACCUCAUUGGGGUCAGCGGAAGACUUGUUCUACGAUGCUCCCAGCUCUCCCAUUGGCGAUCAGGCGUCAUUCUUCCCAGAUAAUCCCAUGCCGCUGAGCUACAAAAUAAAAGGGUCAGAAGCUCAGAAGAACAUGACAGAAUUCACCAUGAAGUUUGAAAUCAGCGAGUUUUCUGUUCAGUUGUGUCGUCUGUCCGGGGAUCAGGAGGUCACAGUGCUCCACUUGGACAUAGAAGCUCUGGGCACUGAACUGAACCUACGCACCUUUGACAUGACAUCUUACACCUACCUAAAGGAGAUCUGCCUCAAGUGCCCUGAAUACAUGGAUUCCGAAGAGAAGCAGGUUCAGCUGAUCACCACUCUAGACAACACGGAAGUGGACCUUCUUACCCUGGAGUAUAUUAAAGCUGAUAAGAAUGGCCCGGAGUUCAAGUCUCAACACAGCAAUACAGAGCAAUUCAUUAAGGUGGCCGUCUCCUCCCUGGAUGUCCAUCUCCACACGGAGGCUCUACUUAACACCAUGAACUUCCUCAACAACCUCCUUCCUCCAUCCACUAAGAAGGAGGGAGGGCAGGAAGAGCUGCCCACCAUCCUGGAGGAGGAGGAGGCUGAAGUGGAGAGGGAGGGAGAGAAGAAGGAGGAAGCUACUGUAACCAGGAAAAAAAGCACAAAGAGUUCAAAGUUUGCCAAUAUGGUAAAUCUGCAUAUCAGAGCUGAUCUCCGCUGUCUGAAGGUUUUUAUUCGAGGACAGAAAACCAGGAUCUCAGAGAUUCGUAUCGAAGGUCUGGUUUCUGAGGUUCUGAUGAGGAAAAAGGAGAUGGAGGUUCUGGCAAACCUGAAGAACAUUGUGAUCCUAGACUGUGACAAAGAUGCGCUUUACAAGAAGGCUGUGUCUAUCGCAGAUAAGGAAGUGUUUGAUUUCCACAUGGUAAACUAUACAGCCGCAACAGAGGGAGAUGCCUAUCUGGACAUGUCUAAAGUUGACACCUCUGUCACGCUGACUGUGGGAUGCAUCCAGGUCAUCUUCCUCAACAAGUUUGUCUCCUCCAUGCUGGCUUUCGUCAAUAACUUCCAGAAGGCUAAAGAGGCCCUGGCUGAGGUGACAGUCCAGGCUGCAGGAAAGGCAGCAUCAGGUGUGAAGGAGCUGGCCGAGCGGAGCACUCGGAUCGCUCUGAACGUCGACUUCAAAGCACCCAUCAUCUUCCUGCCCCAGUCCUCCUCUUCCUCGAAUGUCAUUGUAGCUGACCUUGGUCUGCUGUCUGUCAAGAACCGCUUUGCCAAGCAGCCCUUUAAAAGUGAUGCAAAGAUCCCGCCUGUUGUGGAUCAAAUGAUUGUGAGACUGACUGACCUCAGGAUGUACAGGACCACAUACGUAGAUGAAGGUUUUCAGGGAGAGACCCAGCUGUUGAUGCCAGUCUGCCUGGAUUUGGAAAUCCAAAGAAAUCUUUCGUCCAACUGGUACCACAGCAUACCUGACAUAGAGAUCACUGCUCAUCUUAAGCCCAUGAGUCUGAUCCUCAGCCAGGAUGACAUGACGGUGGUCCUGAGGACUCUUAGUGAGAACCUGUCGGAGAGUUCUGAUGCUCUUCCCCCUCCAGCUCCUCCACCCACCACUGAUCGUUCCUCUGACUCUGUAUCUAACAAAGAGUCCCAGGGAUCUGGAACCACUGGACCGGCCAGCAGUAACACAGUAGUGACGGCUGCUGUUGUGGAGCCCCACAAAAGCAGCAAGUUGAAGAACACUCUCAAAGUAGACUUCAAGUUUGACUCAAUGACACUCGUCUUGUACAGCCCUAAUGGGAGUGAGAUCCAGCGGUUGGAUUCCCACGAUGAGCAGCUGAAGUUGGCAGAGUUUACUCUGGGCACCAUCUCCACCUCCGUCCACAUGUUCUCCGACAGCUCCAUGAAGGCCUCAGUCCGACUGGCGGCCUGCCUUCUAGAUGACAAGAGAACCAGAAUCCAGAUGGUCACCCCGAGGAUGAUUGCAAUGCGUCCUGGUGCAGAACAGAACAUGAUGGUGGAGGUGAACUACCGUCAGGGCCGUGAUGGCACCACUUUGGACACCGUGGUGCAGGAUGUGUACCUGUGUGCCAGCAUGGAGUUCCUUCUCACGGUGGCAGAUAUCUUUCUCAAGGCCACCCAGCAGGGUUUUGAUCAAAAAACUCCAACCAAGAGCAGUAGUGGAGCGGGAGAGAAAAGGAACAUUAACUCCUCUACCACAUCUAAAGAGUCCACUGUAGCUCCAGCUGUGGUGUCAAAGACGGAGAUGAAUGUUCUGGUGCGUAACCCGGAGAUUGUGUUUGUGGCUGACUUGACGCGUGCUGACGCCCCGGCCCUGGUGAUGACCACGCAGUGUGAACUAGUGAUGAAAAGUGGUGCAGAGGGAUCACAGAUGACUGCUGUUAUCAAGGACCUCAAGGUAGUGGCCUGUCCCUUCUUAAGAGAGAAGAGGAAAAAAAAUGUGACCACAGUGCUGCAGCCGUGUCAGGUGUUCUUCCAGAGCACUCAGUCCCCAACCUCCCCUCAGGCUAUGGAGGUCUCCAUCAACGCUCUCACAUUGAAGGUAUCUCCAAUAAUCAUCAACACGGUGAUGACCAUCCAGUCUGCACUGACUCCCACAGCGGAGACCCCUGAGGAGCUGGAUAGUCCUGUUCCCGUGGACCUGUGGGAGAAACGGGGCUGGAAGGAGCUCAAACUUUGGUUCCUAGAAGAGGAGGGGGAUGAAGACCCAGAGUCACAGCCCCCACUGAUACCACAGGGAGAGUCAUUACAGGUGACCAUCAAAUCUGUCUGUCUGACUCUGGAGGCUGGAGUGGGACACCGCACUAUCCCCAUGCUUCUGGCCAAGUCCUCCUUCCAUGGAGAUGUCAAAAACUGGUCCACACUCAUUAACUUACACAGCGAGCUGAACCUGGAGGUUCACUAUUACAAUGAGAUGAUGGGAGUGUGGGAACCGCUGCUGGAGCCCUUAGAAGAUGAGACAAGAGAUGGCUUUCGAUCAUGGAGACUGGAACUGAAGAUGAAGAAGAAGUCAGUGAUUUACACAGGUUUGUCAGAUGAAGUGGAUUACCAUGUCCCAGACUAUAAGACGGUCAUCGUCAUCAGCAGUAAUGACCAGCUCAACAUCACCCUCUCCAAGUGUGGCCUGGCCAUGCUUAGUAACCUGGGCACGGCGUUUGCAGAGGCUGCCAAACAGACAGCGGACUCUUUCCAGAAGGAUGAAGCUCCGUUUAUAGUGAAAAACCGCCUCGGCCUGCCAGUGUCCGUCCGCCACAGUGAGAUGUUUUGUCCCAUCGGCCAGCAGAGCACCAACGGCUCUGUGAAGCUGCAGGACGGAGUAACCGUCGGGAUGGACUAUUCCACCAAAGCAGACUCUGACCAGUUCUCAGCCAUGAUCUCCUUGAGUGGAAAGGACUACUACAUAGAGCCUACUCCGAUGGGCCACACCUCAGCCGGUGUGAUCCCCCUGAUCAAGGUGGGCGGAGGAAUGUACAAUGUAAUGCACAAGGACUCGGGAGUAACUCGUUUCCUGGUCUGUCAGAUUUACUCUGUGGAGGGCAGCAAGUACAUCAAGAUCCGCUCCCCUUUCCAGAUCAUCAAUCAUUUCUCAAUCCCAUUCAAAGUUUUGGAAGGAUCAACAUGUCUGGGUACAGCUCUCCCUACUGAAGAGUUCUGUGUGCCUCUGGACUCGUAUAGGUCUGAACUGAGCCUCCAGCCGGUAACUGAGGACGAUACUGACGAUCAGGGUGAGCAGUUUGAGUGCUCGGAGGGUUUCAGCUAUGAAGAAUUCAGCAACGAGCAGCCUGAGACACGCCUCCAGCAGACCUGCAGUCGACGUGGAGAUCAGGGUGGCGUACUGAUGGUCAACAUGGUGCCAUUAAGAGAUGAUGUGACAUUCAAACACACCGGAGGUGUUGGGGAGAACUUUGAUGUUCCCUUUGUGCUUCACCUGUGGCCUUCCAUCCUGCUACGCAACCUGCUGCCUUACCCCAUCUCUUACCAACUGAAGGACAGCGGAGUCUCUGCCCCUGAGGCCACUUUGGACGCAGGACACUCAGCCCAGCUUCACACUGCAGUCAUCGACCAAUCAAGACUCGAUCUCUGCCUACUGAACUACUUGGCUCAGGACUGGUCUGCUGAGUACAGUUUUCACAGUGACAAGGAAGAGAUCACCUUCAUAGUGUUCCAGUCGCUGCGAGAGAGUGACGAAGACGACGGUGAAGGGACGGAGAGCAAGAGGCCCGAGUUGGAUAUAGCCGUGCAUGUCAAAUAUGACCUGGGGCAAACGGUGGUUGCCAUCCACUCACCAUAUUGGAUGGUGAACAAGACGGGCAGGUUGCUGCAGUACAAGGCUGAUGAUAUCCACCGUAAACACGCCCUGGACUACGACAUGCCUUUGCUCUUCUCCUUCAAGCCUCGUUACUUCCUGAAAAACAAUAAGGUCCGUCUUAUGAUCUCAGAAAGUGAACUCUCUGAUGAUUUCUCCCUGGAUACAGUUGGUAGCUACGGAGAUGUCAAAUGCAAAGGCCGAUAUAGAGAUUACUUGGUUGGUGUGAAGAUUGACGCAAGCAGUUUCAGUCUGACCCGCAUCGUGACCUUCGUGCCGUUUUACAUGCUGGUCAACAGAACCAAGCACAGCGUCUUCAUAUGUGAAGAGGAGAAGGACAACUGGACAGAGGCUCAGCCAGGACAGUCAGCCAUUCCCUUCUGGCCUGGGAAUGACACCAAGCAGCUGAAGAUCAAAGUAGAAGGCUGUUUGUUGCCUCCUCGGACUAUUGACUUCACACGACCAGAAAACUGCUUAUUGCUGCAUCUGGACAAUUCUGUGGGUGGGAUGGCUGUAGAUGUGAACUUGUCAGAGCACUCGGCCACAAUCCGAUUCUCUGAGUACCACGACGGUGCCGCCCCUUUCCUCAUUAUCAACCACACAAAUGACCAGACUCUGCACUUCCAUCAGAGCGCCUGGACAGAAUCCUCGUGGGUGGCUGACGAGCUACUCGACCGCUCCUUGUCAAGGGAGGACAGCUCUCAGAAGAAGGAGGCGGAGCAGGAGGAGCUGGAGGCUGGGAAAGCUGUGCACUACACCUGGACUGAACCCACCGGGUCCCGAGAGCUUUGCUGGAAGUGUGGUACUUACAGUGGGAAGCUGAAGACUGAGGAGGACCUGCGUGAGGACAUGAACAGUGAGGGAAAACUGUUUGUCAUCUCCUUUUAUGAAGGGCUCCAGCGCGUCGUGCUGUUCACCGAGGAGCGACGUAUCUACAAGAUACUCUGUGAGAGCGAGAAGGCGCAGCUGGCCGAACAGGAAAUCAUCCUCUCACUACAGAACGUGGGUGUGUCUCUGGUCAACAACAGCAGCGGCCAGGAGGUCUCUUUUAUUGGGAUCACAAGCUCUGAUGUGGUGUGGGAAUUAAAGCCAAAGAAGAAGAGUCGGUGGAAGACUCUGAGCUCUAAAGAAGCUGAGAUGCUGGAGAGAAGCUUCAAAGCGUACGCUGAAUCUGGACCCGUAGACCACGCCAUCGUCGACCUGGAAAACAGCUUCCAGGUGUCCUUUACUCCCAAUGGCAUGGACAUGAGGAUGCUGCAGCCCUGUGAUGCUCCUCUCAGGAGGCACUUCCUGCCUGGGGUGAAGGUGGAGUACAGCGUAUCGCCACGACAGAGUGCCUACCGUGUCCAAAUCCACCGCAUUCAGAUCCAGAAUCAGCUGCCAGGAGCCAUCUUCCCCUAUGUGUUUUACCCUGUAAAACUGCCAAAAUCUAUCACCAUGGAUGCAGAACCCAAACCUCUAACUGACAUCAGCAUCGUCACCAGAACAGCAGGACACUCCGACAUCUCUCGCAUCAAGUACUUUAAGGUGUUGAUUCAAGAGAUGGACCUGAAGCUCGAUCUGGGCUUCCUGUACGCCAUCCUGGAGCUGUUCACACCUGAGAAUGCCAGCAUCAUGAGCUCAGAACAGGAGGUGGAACUGUUUGAGAAGGACAUAGAAUACAUAAAGACAGAACUAAACCAUGCCUCUGCUGCUGACACCUCUCCUAUCAGCCUCUAUGAGUACUUCCACAUUUCCCCCAUCAAGCUUCAUCUGAGUUUCUCUCUGAGUACGGGAGGAGACGACGGCCUGAAGGAGAAGCGAGAUAAAGAACUCAUUCCCGUCCAGUCCCUCAACCUGCUGCUGAAGAGCAUCGGCGCCACGCUCACUGAUGUGCAGGAUGUCGUCUUUAAGCUGGCCUACUUCGAGUUGACCUUCCAGUUUUGUACCACCCAGCAGCUCCAAUGGCAGGUCAUCAGGCAUUAUUCCAAGCAGGCUAUCAAACAGAUGUAUGUGCUGGUGCUGGGCCUGGAUGUGCUUGGAAAUCCUUAUGGACUGAUUAGAGGACUGUCGGAGGGAGUGGAAGCAUUCUUCUAUGAGCCUUAUCAGGGAGCCAUCCAGGGGCCCGAGGAGUUCGUUGAAGGAAUGGCUCUUGGGGUGAAGGCUCUGGUGGGAGGAGCUGUCGGGGGUAUAGCAGGUGCCGCCUCUAGGAUCACAGGAGCCAUGGCGAAGGGUGUUGCUGCCAUAACGAUGGACGAGGAAUUCCAGCAGAAGAGACGAGAGACGAUGAACAAGCAACCCACCAGCCUGAGAGAGGGGCUGACCAGGGGCGGAAAGGGAUUAGUGUCUGGUUUUGUCAGUGGGAUCACAGGGAUUGUUACCAAACCUAUUAAAGGAGCCCAGAAGGAGGGUGCAGCAGGCUUUUUUAAAGGUAUUGGGAAAGGUCUGGUUGGCGCAGUAGCCAGACCUACAGGAGGCAUUAUUGACAUGGCCAGCAGUACUUUCCAAGGGAUCAAGAGGGCAGCGGAGACUUCACAAGACAUCGCCUCUCUGCGUCCUCCUCGCUUCAUCCACGAAGAUGGUGUCAUACGACCAUAUAAGGAGAGGGAGGGCCUCGGAAGUCAGAUGCUCCAGAAAAUUGAGAAUGGACGUUUUGCCAAGUACAGGUACUUCGCUCAUGCCAAGGUCAAUGAGUCCGACUUCCUCAUGAUCACCAAGAGGGGAAUAUUUUUCGUGACCAAAGGCACAUUUGGCCAGCUGACCUGUGAAUGGCAGUAUCUGUUUGAAGAGUUCACCAAGGAUCCAAUGAUUGUAGAGGACCGGCGACUUCGCAUCGAGGCCAAGGAGAGAGUGAAGUCUGUCUUCCAUGCCAAGGAGUUUGGGAAGAUCAUAAACUUCAAGAAUGCUGAGUUAGCCAAGUGGGUUCUUGCCAGAUUGGACGAUGCAAGAGACAGUUUACCCAAAUACUGACUCAUCAAGAAGAGCGAGAAACGAUCAUAAUUUAACAAAAUAAAACGCACACAAAGUCUGUGUGUGUGUGUCAGUGCCUUUGUUCUUUACUGCAUGCCACUUUGGUUAACCUCCACGUGUGAGUCAUGGUAAACGAUGCUCUGUGUGUGUGUGUGUGUGUGUGUGUGUGUGUGUGUGUGCGCGCAUGCUUACGGAAGUGCUAGAAAUGAACGGCUGACUUCCAUUCAUUUACCACAGAAGCUCAGAAUACACUGAACCAAACAUCGCCUCACUGUCUUCACUCUGAUUGCACUCAUCUUUUCACACACAGUUGAUUUCUGAUGAUCUCUUUAAUGAAACGAUAACACAACCUUUAGCCAGACUCCAUCAAAUACACAUUAAGUCACUCAUUUUGAUUAUUGAACAUAUUCCAAGUUGUGUUUUGCUGUAGAAGCUUGAAUAACAGUGAGGCCAAAUCACCCGUUGUUGUUGUCGCACAUUUAAUGUUGUUCACUGUUGUUUUUACUGGAUUAUAUAAAAGGGAAACUAAUUCAAUUGUUUUGAUAGGCCUCUGUCACACACGAUUUAAAAUGUGCUGUUUUCAAACCCGUUUCCUUUUGCUCUCACGUAAUCUCCAUUUCUCCUCUUGUUAAAUACAUUUCUGUUAGAUGAAGACUGUUCAGUGUGUGAUUUAGAGCCGCAUG